AUGGCCAACCCGUUGCAGCCUCAGUUUCCCUCAGCCCAGGAGCCAGGCACCGCCUUACCCCUGGACCUGCCAGAGAUGGAGAUGCUUCUCACGAAGGUGGAAGGCAAGGAUGACAAGCCACUGAAGCUGUCCAAGUCCCUCUCGAGGGCCCUGGACCUGGAGCAGAAUGGCCACGGCCUGCCCUUCAAGGUGGUAUCCGAGGGGCACCAGGAUGCCACCCUCCCCUGGUCGGCCUCUCGGGCCAGCUCUAGACGGGCGUCCUCCAUUGCCACUGCGUCCUCUGCCCAGGACCAAGAAGUCCCCAAAGAUUACCUCAUCCUUGCCAUCGCCUCCUGCUUCUGCCCCGUGUGGCCCCUCAACCUCAUCCCCCUCAUCUUUUCCAUCAUGUCCCGAAGUAGCGUGCAACAGGGGGACCUGGAUGGGGCCCGGAGGCUGGGCCGCCUGGCCCGGUUGCUCAGCAUCACCUUCAUCAUUAUGGGGAUCAUCAUCAUCAUUGUGGCCAUGACCGUCAAUUUCACAGGUGAGGCUCAGCCACAUGGAGCUGAGUGA